UCCGGCCGCGCGCCAACGUCUGCUUCCGCUUUCCACUUCUGUGCGACGUCGGCAUUAAGAUCGUCCUUCGUUUGGGCCCCGCACUUCGCUGCUCCAUCCAACUCCAGCACCAUGUUGGGAAUCCUGAGCUCAAUCCCCACGCAGAUGGAUUAUAAGGGUCAGAAACUAGCCGAGCAGAUAUUUCAGGGAAUCAUUCUGACUUCGGCCGUAAUUGGUUUUAUCUAUGGCUAUUUGAUUGAAGAUUUUGGUUGGACCGUCUCCAUAGUGAUGGCUGGAUUUGUUGUUUCGUGCGUGCUGACGCUCCCUCCAUGGCCCAUGUAUCGCCGGCAUCCCUUAAAAUGGCUACCUGUUCAAGAUUCAGGAUAUGAAGAUAAAAAAUCCGUGGAUAGAAAAAGCAAAAGGCAGUCAAAAAGGGAGCUUUAGUAGUACAAUUUCCAGGAUUCAGAUUGCAAAGGAAAUUAGCAGUGGAACGAAAAAGAAAAUUGUAGGCGAAAGGGAUAUUUUACGGCGCAGCUUGACUAUUUGGGUUUUUUUGUUAGCUAUACAAUUCUUUCACUAAGCUUUUUCAUAAAUCAUGUAAAAAAAGCAUUCAAAUUUAAUGCAGCGCUUUCUUUAGUUUCAGUGUUUUAUAUAGUUUGCUACAGACAUUUGGGUUUUUGUUAAUGAAUACUUUCGGCCUUGAAAGAAAAAUAUUAAAAUUAAGUGUACCUGUAGUUCAUCUCUGUGUUUUACGUUCAUGUGAACAGUGAAGGAAAGAAUACCUUCCAGAAUAUUUUAUAAACUAUGUUUUGUGAAACCUUAAAGCUUCCCUGUGCUAGAAGUGUUUUUUCAAUAAAAAUGUCAUCACUGAA